AUAAAAAAUGGGUUAGAAGGUAAUUUCUCGAAGAAUUCAAGUCUCAACAAGCUUCAUCAAAACAACGAAAUUACUACUUUGUCCCUGUCCUUGUAGUAUCGGAAACAAGCUGGUAUCCCUGCACCGAAUUCGCGCAAUCGUAAAAACCAAAAGCCGGCCGGGAAAACAGCCGGAGUUUAUCGUCGGCCGCCAUAAACGAUGGCUUGUGCAAAAUUGAAUUUGUAAAACGGACAGCCUGAUAUAUAAUCUCAAACCGAUAGUUCCUCUUCAUAAGAAUAGAUAAGGAAGCAAAAAUCAAAGGAUUUAAAAUGGAAUUGGCAGACAGAGCGGUUGGAUUCCUAUUGUCCAUUAUAAGCUUAUCGAUUUUCACUUAUUAUACUUUCUGGGUUAUCAUCCUGCCAUUUGUAGAUGGUGAUCAUUUCGUACAUAAGUAUUUCUUACCCCAAGAAUAUGCCAUAUUAAUACCCGUUUCUGCUGGUGUGGCUCUUCUUUGCCUCUUAUGCAUAUUUAUUGGGUUCGUGAUGCUCAAAUCCAAGAAGAAGAAGGCAUAAUGCAUGUUUUGCACUAUUUUUUUGAUGUUUUGAAACAACAAUGUAUUUCUAGCAUUUUACACCAGAAAAUGAAAUAAUUGUAAUUUUGUAUGUCUAUACUGUGUUAAUUGGUGUCAA